GGUAAGAAGAAACCAAGACUCUUGCUUGAGACACAGAGCGAUAUAGAUUCUCCUUGAGCGACGUGCGGUAAGAAGAAACCAAGACUCUUGCUUGAGACACAGAGCGAUAUAGAUUCUCUUUGAGCGACGUGCGGUUAAAGAAGCACCAUGGCCUCUGCCGACGUAGACAUGGACAUCCAAGAGGAAGAUGCGGUCCCGCUAACAGGAAAGAGGCAGCCUCCUCCCACGCCGUCUCUGAUCCGAUACUACCAGGCUUCAGAGAUACUGCCAGAAGAAAAAGGCCAACUGCACGACUUGUUGCAGAAACAGCCAGCAGUGUUAGGGUCUCUGCAGAUGAUGAGUGGCAUCCUCAGUUUCGGAGUGGGGAUUCUCUUCGCUGCAACGCAGCAUAUGGACCAAUCUCUCUUCACUAGGUUCAGAGUCUCACAGCUGACCGGGAGCCUUUUUGUAAUAGCCGGACUUGUUUCCAACCUGCUGUUCAAAUAUCCAGCGUUGCUGACUGUUUCUUUGGCGGUUAACUGUGGCUGCAUUGUUGUAGCUGUUGUCGGAGCGAUUCUGAUUAGCGUCGACCUGGGUAGUUGGAAUCCAGCUAACGAUCCGUUUCUUAGAAUUGAAGUGAUGGGGCUGUGUGUGUUGGGACUCGAGACCCUCCUCUCUGUGGUGCUUUGCUUCUGGUUCUUCAAAGAGAGGAAGGCGAAAUGAUUAAGCUGCUCGAAUGUGUUACGUUAGCUCUGUAUAUAGAGGCGAUUUGUGCAUAGAAAACUGCGGAACGGCUUUUUUUGGAGGAACGCAUUGCAUGCUUUCCUGUGUGGCUUCGUCUCUGUUGCCUGCGCUGGAGCAAAACCCCCUGCAGCGCAGCCCGGGCUGUGGUCUGCGUCUGAUGUUUUGAUAUGGACUGCAAAACGCAAGAGCUGCGGUAACCAAAUGUCACUUCUGAUAUGGGGGUAAAAGACCACAAUUCAGCACCCUCGAACUCUGCAUUUCUGAGCAACGGUAGUACUGGGUCUCCCUUCGCAGGGCUGCAGAUAUGUCUGUGUGGUUUUACGUUCACACACUUACUAUCAGUGGAAACAUCAGGCACCCCAUCCUCAGUGUGGCGGAGGAAUAAAUGCAAAAAAACAGCUUUAAACUUUUUAUUAAUCUGUACAAAACCUGUGGUAACUCAGAGGUCACAGGAAUACAAGAAUGCAGCAUUGUCUGAAAGUGUCUGCUACUUUAUUUGUAAAAUACAUCUACGAUAUAAACACAUAACUAUCUCGUUACAUCAAAUGUACAGACCUCUGACGUACCAUGCCAUGGAAAUAUAUAUAUAUAUAUA